CCGCCCCCGGCAGCGCGCAGGCGCCGGGCCCGCCCCCGCCCGGCACCGCGAGCGACGGGCGGCGGCGCGCGCGCCCCUCCCGCGCAGGACGGCGCUGCCCCGGCGGCAUGAGGGGAGAGCGCGGCCGGCUGCGAGCGGUUUGAGUUGAUCUCACUAAACUGCAGCCAUGGUGCAGAAGUACCAGUCCCCCGUACGGGUGUAUAAACACCCUUUUGAGUUAAUUAUGGCUGCAUAUGAAAGAAGGUUUCCUACGUGCCCUCUGAUCCCCAUGUUUGUCGCCAGUGACACUGUAAACGAGUACAAGAGUGAGGAUGAGGCCAUCCACGUGAUCGAGCGGCGCUGCAAGCUGGACAUCGAUGCACCACGGCUGCUGAAAAAGAUUGCAGGAGUGGACUAUGUCUACUUUGUCCAGAAGAACUCUCUGAACAGGCGAGAAAGGACUCUGCAUAUAGAAGCCUACAAUGAAACCUUCUCUAACAGAGUCAUCAUUAACGAGCACUGCUCCUACACAGUUCAUCCUGACAAUGAAGACUGGACCUGUUUUGAACAGUCAGCAAGUCUGGAUAUCAAAUCUUUUUUUGGUUUUGAAAGCACAGUGGAAAAGAUUGCCAUGAAGCAGUACACCAGCAAUAUUAAAAAGGGAAAAGAAAUAAUAGAGUACUACCUGAAGCAGCUGGAGGAAGAAGGAAUAACCUUUGUCCCUCGCUGGACUCCUCCUGUUGCAUGUAAAUCAGAGAGCAGCACAUGCCACCCAAGGAGACCAGUGUCACCUGCCAUUAAUAUCCCAGAGUCUGCCACAAAGGAGGGCUUGAGCAACAAGGAGAUCCUCAACACCUCCAGCAGCCCCUCGGAGCCCACCGCAGGAACGCCCGACGAUAAGCUGGAUGCAGACUACAUCAAGAGGUACCUGGGGGACCUGACCCCGAUGCAGGAGAGCUGCCUCAUCCGCCUGCGGCAGUGGCUCCAGGAGACGCACAAAGGCAAGAUCCCAAAGGAUGAGCACAUUUUAAGAUUCCUGCGUGCCCGGGACUUCAACAUCGACAAAGCAAGAGAGAUCCUUUGCCAGUCACUGACGUGGCGUAAGCAGCACCAGGUGGAUUAUAUUCUGGACACCUGGAAUCCUCCCCAGGUGCUCCAGGAUUACUAUGCAGGAGGCUGGCAUCACCAUGACAAAGACGGGCGCCCGCUGUACGUGCUGAGGCUGGGCCAGAUGGACACCAAGGGCCUGGUGCGAGCGCUGGGGGAGGAGGCCUUGCUGCGCUACGUUCUUUCAAUAAAUGAGGAAGGGCUGAGGCGAUGUGAGGAGAAUACAAAAGUCUUUGGCAGGCCAAUAAGCUCUUGGACCUGUCUAGUAGAUCUGGAAGGCUUGAACAUGAGGCAUUUAUGGAGACCUGGUGUCAAAGCCUUGCUGAGAAUCAUCGAGGUGGUUGAAGCCAAUUACCCUGAGACCUUGGGUCGUCUGCUUAUCCUAAGAGCACCUCGAGUAUUCCCAGUUCUCUGGACACUGGUUAGUCCAUUCAUUGAUGACAACACCAGAAAAAAAUUCCUUAUUUAUGCUGGAAAUGACUACCAGGGUCCUGGGGGACUGCUGGAUUACAUCGAUAAAGAAAUUAUCCCCGAUUUCCUCGGUGGAGAGUGCAUGUGUGAAGUACCAGAGGGUGGGCUGGUUCCCAAGUCCCUCUACCGGACAGCAGAAGAGUUGGAGAAUGAAGACAUCAAGCUUUGGACUGAAACAAUCUACCAGUCUGCAAGUGUCUUCAAAGGAGCCCCGCAUGAGGUUCUCAUCCAGAUCGUGGACGCCUCGUCAGUGAUCACGUGGGAUUUUGACGUGUGCAAGGGCGACAUUGUUUUUAACAUCUUCCAUUCCAAAAGAGCCCCACAGCCUCCCAAAAAGGACUCUCUGGGAGCUCACAGUAUUACAUCUCCUGGUGGGAACAACGUCCAGUUGAUAGACAAAGUCUGGCAGUUGGGGCGUGACUACAGCAUGGUGGAGUCUCCCCUGAUCUGCAAAGAAGGGGAGAGUGUGCAGGGCUCCCAUGUGACCAGGUGGCCUGGCUUCUACAUUUUACAGUGGAAAUUCCACAGCAUGCCUGCCUGUGCUACAACCAACCUGCCUCGUGUGGAUGAUGUGCUGGCAUCUCUACAGGUGUCCUCUCACAAAUGUAAAGUGAUGUACUACACAGAAGUGAUAGGAUCUGAAGAUUUCAGGGGAUCUAUGACCAGCCUUGAAUCAAGCCACAGUGGAUUCUCCCAGCUCAGUGCUGCCACCACCUCCUCUAGCCAGUCCCAUUCCAGCUCCAUGAUUUCCAGGUAGUGCCACAACAGCUGAAAAGCAAAUGGAUGUGAUGGCUGGACCCUCGCCCGUGGCAGCUGACUGCAAUACAGCAUAUUCAACUGGCAAUUGUGCAAAAAAACCCCACCCCAAAAAGCCUUUUAUAGAUAGUAAAGUAGCUGUUUGAAUUUUACACUUAGUGGUUUUGAUCUUUGUUAGAUCCAACAGCUUGUCUCUUAACUUUAACCCUUUUUCCUAAAUCAGCCAUAAAUAUUUUCGCAAGUGUGCUUGCACAAAUCCUAACUCUGAACACAAGGGCUCUUACUGAAAAGGAAAAACAACCAGUGCAUCAGUUAAGAAUGAUUUCUUUUUUUAACUGUGUAGAUGUUAAAAAGGGAAAAAAGAAAAACCCUACCAAAAAUGCUCCGUAGUGCAUUAGACAUCAACUGCAAGUCUCCUGUCAGGACAUUCCUUGCCAUCCUGAGAAAUCCCCUGUGAUAUUCCAGUGCUGCAAACUGUUCUCCUGUUGCCACUAAUGAUGUCCAAGACAAAGAACAGCAGUUGCUGGAUACUUGACUUUGUGAGUCCAUUUUUUUCAAAGCAUGCCCACAGAGCUGUGGCCAGGCUGUAACACUGAAUAUUCCUUUUGUAUGAGCACAUUUCUGGGGAAUCUGAGCUCUGGGUCUUGCUGGGUUAAAGCAAUUUGUUCUUUCCUUGGAUUUGUGCAUGGAGCACUGUGGAGAGAGAGGUGGAGAGCAGGCUCUCCCUCACUGUGUCACACUGGGCUCAUCCAGAGCUGCUCUGAGCUUCUGUUCCCAGCCCUGUGCUGGAGCUUCACUCUGCUUCCUUUGUGUAUUCCAAGCAAAUGGAUUUUACUGAGAUUCUCUUCUUGUCAGGAAUUUAUGCAGAGCUUCAGCUUGCUGCUUAAAGCAGUCUGAAGGAGGUGUGGCUUCCAUCCCUCCUGAGCACUUCUCCCUCUCUGGGGCCUCCUGCCCUUCCCUGUGCCUGGCAGAAAUAGAGCACCUCAGGUCUGGUCAGCCCUCCUGUGAGCAGGGAGCACAGGGAUCUUCCCUCUGAGUGAUACAGGAGAAGAUAUUUAAGGAUUUUCUCCACCAUUUUCACUACUGCCACUGCCAGAGAUGAUCUGCCAUUUGGGAUUCUGUCCCUGUUGGCCAGGCCCAAGCUGGACCCUUGCUGAACUCUGUUCAGGUGUCCUUCCCUCUCCAGCCCUCCCUCUAUGCACGGCAAAAGCCCCAAAGACUGAACUGUCAGACAAACACAGAGCACACCUGGCAGUGGAGCAGAGAAGAUUUUGGUCUGAAAAGCAGCAGAAUUUGCACAGUUAGACCCUUCUUCAUCUUUCCCUACCCUUGCUAGAGCUAAGAUGUCCAUGCAGGCACAAGGAGCUUCUGUGCUGGCUGCAGUCCCUGCUAGGAAGUGGGAUAGGGUCUGGCUUGGGUAAGCUGUGGAGGAGCUUCAGGAGGUGUUGCACUUGGAAAGCAGAACUCACUCGAGAUUCUGGAUCCCCUGCCUGAGGAAUGCUGGUUCUGAACUCAGUGGGAAACUUUUUUAUGCCUGAAGAGCUGUGGAGAGGCAGGUGACAGACCCCUGACAGCAGCUCUGGCUGGGGCAUGUGCCAGAGCUGACAGAUACUUUAGUAAGAGAGGUGCUCAGAGACCAACCUCCUUAAACUGAACCAAAUGGAUCUGUUCUGGAGCUCUUUUAGGACUCAGAAGCUGAAGAUGGAGGUUAGGCUGUUACUUAGGGACACAGGUCACUGCUUUGGUGUCACACAGCUCCCACCCAGUGUCUGCACAGCAGCCUGCACGGGCUCCAGGGCUGCUCCCAGGAGCUCUGCCCGAAUUCCUGACCCCAGCAGCCAGGCUUCCCAGCUCAGGGAGUGCAGCUGGAGCACAGUGAGGUUCACCUGCUGACACUCAUGACACUCACUCUUCCCAUUCACCAGGCUGUAAGGGCUGAAGAUGGUCCCUUUCUCUCUCUCUCUCAGAUGGUGAUUUUGCUGACAACUCUAAAGAAUCUGCUCCAUUCAACACUCCACAUCUGUCCAGGUGUCUGCCUUUGUAGACCUUUUUGAGUUGCAGUCCCUUUUCAAGUCUGAAGAUCUAUAUUUUUGUUUUUCACUUGAGCUGGCUCAAAAGUGGCACUUUGGGUUUUUCCUGCUUUUGAUCUUAACACAUCAUUUAGAGCUCAAAGCACAUUACAGCACAAACAACCAGGGAGAUAAAAUUCCAGAAAAACAAUAGUUAAUCUUCCUGUAAGCAAAGUGCUAUGGCAAUAUGACUUGAUCACUGCAGUCUAACUAGAUUUCCCAUAUCCUGGUCUUUCUUUGUGUGAUACUGCUCUUCCUUCUCUCAGCCAGUGACUCUUCUGUUGGCACCUUUCCUGUUAUCAGUGUCCUUCACUUCCCUGUCCCUCCUCAUGAACUGCAUAUCAAAUUCUGUAAAUGUUUUGUAUACAUAAUACCUCAUUCUUGGUAAUAAAAUACAGAUAGUCUUUAAAAGAUUUUUUUAUUGUUAUCAAUAAAUGUUAACUGUUUGGAAAAAAAAAA